GCCCAAACGAAGUUUUUUCUUCUGAAUAGUGAGUGAUGCCAAAAGCACGCAAGGGGUUUUAAAGACGCAAAAGCCUUGACCAAUAUCAAGUGCAAUUCUGCUGAUAGUGCUGUGCGUAAGUCGAGAAGGCAUCUUUCCUCAUAAAAUCAAACGAAAGGUUACAAUAGUAUUUACUUACUUCAAAGAUGCGUUGUACGCUCAGGAACUUGGCAAAACUCACAGUCGUCAUUUUGACGGUGCAUAUCCUCGUAGUCGCUCUUUACUCUGUUCUGCUUCAGCCAAAACAACAGCAAUUACACCGAGCAAACCUGACUAUUGGCGCUGAUCAGCAAAUUUUAUUACAACUGAACGAUGGAUCACAUCAGAAAGGAAAUGAUUGUGAUACUUGCACUACCCCAUUGCGACUUCAAGACCCCACCACCAGCGGUGAAAAUGUUUCCCAGAAUAUUGAACAGAUGAAGAGAGAGGCACAGAACGAUCUUGUCAUGAAAAAAUAUCGGCCUUGGAAUUCGACUGCUUGUAUCAAGCAAGGCAGAGGAAAACCAAUUCAAUAUGUCGUCAAGCAUCACCUUAUCGUGUCCGAGCGUUACAAAACACUCUUCUGUUUCGUUCCUAAAGUAGCAUGUAGCAACUGGAAACGAAUUUUUCACGUUUUAGGUGGACAUUUCAACUCAACGGAAGAUAUCUCGCACGACACCUCGCACGAAUCAGGAAAGUUACGCUUUUUGAGACAUUAUUCAGAUGCUAUAAAAGUAAAUAACAUGUUGAAAACAUACAAAAAGAUUGCAUUUGUUCGCGAACCUAUGGAGCGAUUUCUGUCGGCCUACCGGAGUAAAUUUGCACCCGUUGAUCCCCCUAGAAGGGGAUUUUACUACAACAUCGGCCUGAACAUCAUCAAGAGGAUGCGGAAGAAUUCUACAGGGUUAACUCCAGAUUAUCCCACAUUUAAGGAAUUCGCAAAUUUCGCGAUUUCUACGCCUGUUAGCUCUCAUGAUGAACACUGGGAUCGUCAGCAUAAUUUAUGCGCUCCGUGUGAUAUGAAUUAUGACUUUGUCGGUACAUAUGAUAAUAUCAAAGCAGAUGCUGACGCCGCUAUUAUGUUGAUGGGAGCUGAUAAAGAGGUUACAUUCCCAAAUGUCGAAGCUGCACCCGAAGGACAAGGAUCACAAACGAAGAUGAAGACUUUCUAUUCGCAAAUAUCGCAGGAAGAAUUCACACGACUGCAGAAUAUAUACGCGAAAGACUAUGAAAUUUUUGGAUUCAAAAAGCUCAGUUAUCAAGAAAUAGUGAGUUCUUGAACUGCUUCAGCAAGAAGGAAAAUGGGGGCACCGCAGGAAAAGAUAACUUGACAUUAAUUAACAUGGUGAAAAACUGUGAAAAGCGCACAGUCUCUAAGUUAUGUCUACCUCUUAGAUUUGAUGGGAUUAUAAAAUUUGUUAACUGCUGAGUUGACAAGCCAUUUAUUAUUCUAGAUUUGAUGAUGUUGUCUACAGCCAGAUUUGUUACGAUAAAUAGUAGAGAGUGGAAAUUUUUCAUACAACAUUUUCUCUAUUUAUGAAUGUUUGUAAAUUUACAUUUGUAAAUUUACUAAUACCACAAGAGUAUCACUUUGUCUUCACUUUUACGCUGCACGUACAACAAAAGCGCAUUAAAUAUACUUGUUUCGUACAGGAAAAAGGGGGGAAGGGGGGGGGGGAGUUUAUUGAGCUAUGACGAAAUGGAUACUUGUCCGGCCAAAAAUGAGUUAUGUCCAAGUAAAAUUAUGUUUGACCACACAACUAGACAGACGCGCCCAAUUUCUUCUACCAUAAACUUCUUAUGGUGUUAGUUUUAGGAAUUGAUAUUUACAUGAUUCUUUAUGCAGCACAAUUGCUCAGGUGAUUACAGAUGCCCACGCUCUGAUUGGUCAAAAAUUACCCCAUAUCUUGCCAUAAUCACUCCCUGCGAGGUGAUAAUCAUAAUGAAGCCCUGAUUUUCAAAUGGCCGUCCUGUGAGUUAAAAGAAGCAAAUCAAACGAAAGAAAGAGCAGUUUCUCUGAUAAUCACCCGAACAGUUAUGCUAAGAAAGAAAAUAAUCCCCUCAGGCUAAUAUUAUGGAUUGACACCCACGAAUUUUUGUAUCGGGGACUAUUUGACAACACUCGCUCGGCCUUAAGCGAAUAAUUGUUAAAUGAAUAUUUGUCUCCAUGUCGCCAUCCUCUGCUUAAUGUUUUACUGAUACAUUAUGGGAGGAAAAUAGCUGUCAGUGGUUAAUCAUGCUUGACUCUAUUUACUUGUUUCAUGCAUUUAAGUUCAACGAUGCGACUUACAGACAAUUUUCUUCUUCCUUUUCACAGAUAUGGUGGCUUUUCUUUCUUUAAUUCAAUGCCUUAAUAAUACUCUUUUACAUCGUAUAGAUAAUAAAAACGUUCG